GAGUGAGUGAGUGAGUGAGGAAGUGAGAAAGAAAGUGUGGUGGGGAUACUUUCAAGAAGACAGAAAGAGAAAUCGCAUCGUCCGAGAUUCGCGCGUGUCAGAUCCGUUCAAUGUUUUUCGAGUGAAUCUUUCAUUAAUUUUUUUCUAUCAAUUAUUUAUUUUAAUUAUUCUCUCUCUCUCUCUCUCUCUCUCCCACACAUACACACACACACGAGGCUAUAAUAUUUGUUUAAACUAUCUGACAAUUGUGUGCAAAGAUAAUAAGAAAGAUAAUAAUCUUUCUCUUGAUUACUGUCACGAUAAAGGAAUAGCAGGGAUGCGUCGAGAUAGAACGAAGGUGUCUCGAUACGAGAGAACUUUUUCUCGUGUUCAACGUUGGAAAAGGCAACGAAUACCGGACUCUUCUGAUCUUCGUUCCAUUGGACGCCAAUGAAAAUUACUGAAGAAAUAAUUCUCAUCUUACUUGUCGUCAUCGUCGUCUAUGGGAGCAGCAAGGUUGUAGGUGCUUUACUAUCAACGAGAUCAAUUUGCUCAAGGAGAAGAAGAAGAAGAAGAAGAAGAAGAAGCAAUGGCCGACGAUCGGAAGAACGCACAAAGGCUUAUCGGUCAGGUUCAUGCGGUGCGACAUACAUCACCACCCCCACCAGCACCAACAUCGGCAACAGCUACUCGGAAGGAGAGUUUGCCACUACGUGGUCCAAGAACUCUCCUGCUUAGACGUAGUGAAAAUGGGUUUGGAUUCACCCUUCGACAUUUUAUCGUUUAUCCGCCCGAGUCCUGUUGCAUGUUGCCAGGACACGAGCGGACAAAGAUCGAUGAACCUAUGGACACGAUCUUCGUAAAACAGGUGCGAGUUAAUUCGCCAGCAUCAGAAGCAGGCCUUCGUACGGGUGACCGGGUUGUUUCAGUUGAUGGAAUAGCAACACGAGGUGAACAAUACGCCAGUGUAGUUCAACGUAUUCAACAAGCGGGUCCUUGGUUACGUUUACUCGUUGUUUCGAAGGAAGACGAUAUUUUGCAACAGUAUUUUGGUGAAACGGCGCAUAAUCCUGAGACGAAUCAACGUCCAAGAUUACGUUCUCCAGAGAGGAUUUCUCAAAAGCAACGCAGGUCUAUCAGUAUGAUACCAGGACCGUCGCCAAGAACAACCAGGCAAUCAUGGAUGUGUUCCCUUCCGGAUUCCGAAAAUUUAAGUACAACUGCAACAACUUGUAGAGAUAAUGAAGAGGUUCUUUAUAAGGAAUCACAAGGCAACAAGAUGUCACCGUCUAUACCAGUUAUCGCAGGACAACAAAGAAGAUAUUUACAGGAAACUAAUAUACCAUGCGAACCCGUCGAAGAUAGAAUGCAAUCGAGAAAAUUACAGCACCAACAACAAGUUCGCGAAGCCAUGGAAUCGCCACCCCAAUCGUACACCCGACCAUCACCGGAUCAGAGGUUCGAUUUGUACGAUAGAACGCGUCCCGAAUCGAUUUAUUCUAGACCGAGUAGCGAGCAAAUUUACGAUAGAAUCAAAGAUCCUAUUUACGAGAGAGUUAGAUCAGCUGAAUCUGCUGGUGGACAGUAUGAAAAAGAACAACAACAAUUAACGAUGUUGCGUUAUCCAAUAUCCCGUGCGGAACCACAAGUUCCUAUUUACCGUCCUGGCAGACGUGUGAUAGCAAGACGAGCGAGUGAAGGUAGUGGGUCUACUGGUGGUCAAACUAACGAAUCCGAAGUUCCCAGUUAUGGUAGUAUAGACGCACUUAGAUCUAACGAUCCAAGUUCGAGAUUGAGUAUGGAUUCUCGAAGAGACUCAUCCCCAAUCAGCAAGGGUAGUUUGUCCUCGUUCGACUCCAAUUCGACUGUUACUGGAAACGAAUGUUCCGACGAUUCUGUCAUCAUGAACAGAUUACGUAAGAGUUUCGAACAAAAGGAAGAAUUUUUACGCAGACCGAGUCAUCCAAUUGGAUGGAGUGUCACCGAGGAUGCAUUGAGAUUGCAACAGAGUAGUGGUGGUAGUGCUAGUAGUGGUAGUGGUGCUGGUGGUGGUGGUGGUGGUGGUGGAGGUAGUGGUAGUGGUAGUGCUAGUACAAACUCGGCUGUUAUUCAAAGAGAAUUUUACGCAAGACCGCAGAAACUUCAAAGGCAAAUUUGGCCACCCAAUGAACAACAACAAAGGCAACAAUCGCCUACGAGAAGAAUCGAUAACAAAAGCAAUGGCAAAUUGUCAUUAACCAAACCGUCUAAUCAAAAUGUUCAAAGGGUGAAAAUUGAUCUUGAUUCGGAAUCGGAUUAUAAUAAUUCGCGAAGUGAACAGAACGAUGAUCGUUCGAAUCUAAUUGACAGUCAGAUUAGCAUCAGAGAUAGAUUUUAUUCGAGUCUUUACGAGAGUCAAUUGGGAAAGGAAAAUCAUUUUGUUUAUCCACCGACUAAAACUAACGAUCAGGAUAGGUAUAAGGCUAACAGUAAAUCUGUGUUUGUCAGUACAUUGUCAAAAAUCCAUGAGAACGCAUCGAAUUCUAUUGCAACAAAUCAACACCAACACCAACAACAACAUCCACAAGAUUCUAGGAAUGAAUCACUCUCCGUACCAUCUUCUCCUGGUCCGGAUAAAAAAAAUAAUGACAAAUUUGUGGUACCACCUCAAGGAUUACAAAUUGUUUCCAGACGUGCGAAACAAUUUGAAUCCGGUAGACUUCUCAGCGACGAUGAAGAACCAACCAGCGAUCGAACUAAUUUAUACAAAAGCGAAUUGUCUAGGUUGUCGAACAAAAGAAGUGUACCAAACGUUGCCGUCAUGAAAAGAGAAUUCGAAUCCAAAGCAGAAUCGCAAGAACCAAGAAGAAUACCUGCUAACAGGGAAAGCAAAUCGUUAGAUUCCGGGAGGGGAUUAUCCGGAAACAGAAUAUUUCCUAUAGGCAGCAAGUACAUCCAUUGUGAACCCCCUGCCAACUAUAAAGAAGUUCAAGAAAUACCGACGAUGGAAAUAGAAGCAGUUCAUCUUAGGGCACGCAGUAAUAGUGCGGAAUCUUGGGAAGCUGUAAAUGGAUCGCGUGGAAAUACAAGACAUACGUGGCAAACAGAGCAAGAAGAUGAUGAAAAGGACAAUCGAAAUGAUAAUAAUAAUGGUGAUAGUAAAAACCAAAGUUAUGGACAGUCUACUAGAAAUCAACUUGCUCCUUGCGAUGAAACAUCAAACAAUGGAGUAAUCUUAAGACGACAGAAAAACGCACAGUUGAGUGACGAAGAGCGCGCUACGAGAAGAGUUUCCUACCUGAAAGCUACGUGGGGUGAACGAAUGCACGUUGAUAGUGAUUUAGAUCUUAGUGACACUGAACCUGUUCAUGUUCUUAGAAGUGCACAUAGACGAUGGAGACCACCAUUAUUUACAAGCGACAUAACACCAUUAAGACGAAUCUUUGAGGAUAUGACGCAGUCCACAAAUCUUCAUCGACAUUCUCUUCGUAACAGUAUUGUAAGUACCACGGAUAGUGGCAAUGAAAUUCCGAAGGAGGUUGAACCAGUUGAACGGGAAGGCACACUUCAUAUUAAAUUUACAGUGCUCGAUGGCAAGCGAUCUUCUGAUCGUUCCUGGAAGCAAAUUUGGGGUGUUCUUCGAGGUCCAAUUUUAUUCUUUUACAAGGAUCGUCACAGUCAGAGCCCUUCAUCGGUUAACGAUACUGAAGGUACUGUACAAAAUAUUGAUGUAAGGUGUUCAUUGGUGGAUAUUGCUGAGGAUUACACCAAACGAAAACAUGUUUUACGAGUGGUUAAUCCUACAGCAGAAGUGCUUUUACAAACAGAAGAUGCAGCUUCUAUGGCUCUUUGGUUAAGAGCACUUCAUAAAUACGCUGCUACUGAAAAGCCAUUGGAUGUAACAUCUAGUACUUCAAAACAACAAGCAGUACCACAAACUCCCGGACCAACAACACCCAGUGUUGCCUCUGUUCAAAAUGCUAAUCAAAGACUGAGUCCCUUACCCAGCCACAAAGGUAUUAAGAAGUUAACAUCAUUUAGAAAUAGAUCACCAACUGGACAAUCGCCAGUUAAUAAAACAAGAAAACCAAGUCAAACUGUGGAACCACUUUCAUCACCAAAAACUAAAACUUGGAAGGGUAGGGUAGCUAAACAAUUUAGAAAAAUGCAUGGUCAACAAGCUGGUUCACCAUCAUCGCCUACUGCACAAUUACCACCGGAAGGUGCCACCUUUAAAGUACCCCUUGAACUUUGUCCAUCGUCUUCCUUUUCGGAAUUUGUACCUCUUAUAGUUGAAAUGUGCACUAGCAUAGUUGAGGCACGUGGCCUUGAGGUUGUUGGAAUUUACAGAGUGCCAGGAAAUACUGCUGCCAUUUCUCAGCUUACUGAGAGUGUAAAUAAAGGAUUUGAGAAUAUUAAUCUACAGGAUCCAAGAUGGAGUGACGUGAAUGUGAUAUCUUCAUUAUUGAAAUCUUUCUUCCGACAAUUACCAGAUUCGUUGUUAACUGCAGAAUUGUAUCCCAUGUUCAUUGAUGCUGAUAAAAUUGAAGAUCCACAAAGGAGAAUGGCUACAAUAAGAAAAUUAUUAAGAGAUCUUCCAGAACAUCAUUUUGAAACGCUCAAAUAUUUAAUGUUUCAUUUGAAGAGAAUCGUAGAACACAGUGAAAUCAAUAAAAUGGAAGCUAAAAACAUAGCAAUCGUUUUUGGGCCGACAUUAGUACGGGCAAGUGGUUCAAGGGAUAAUAUGGUUACAAUGGUCACUGAUAUGUCUCAUCAAUGUAAAAUAGUCGAAAGUUUAUUAAACAAUGUUGAUUGGUUCUUCUCGGAAGAAGAUCUCGAUGAUUUAAGUAGACUUAGUGUUAACAUAAGUCUUCCAGCUGAUGGUUGUGAGCUUGAACCAACAUCCCAUAGUAAUCAUAAUCUACUGCUAAACAAUAUACAUAAAGUUGAAGGCAUGCGCGAAAUGGUAUCAGCAAAGGACAUUGUAUCUUCAAUCAUAUCUGCAGCUAACAGGAAAAUUCAAAGGAGAAGAAAGGGCCAGGAUGAAGCAGAGAAUGAAGAACACGAUGAAGAGAAGGUUAAAAUAAAGCAUGAAAGUUCAGAAAGUUCACCGACAAUACGUCAAAGUAUGGCACUCAACGAACGUCAAUGUUCAGUCAGUGAAAUAGUAUUGAUGCACGAGAACAAAAGUCAACACAAUCAUUCUAAUAAUUCAUCAGAACCAUUAGAACGUUCAUCGUCAACAAAUAACAAUAGUCCAGUAAGUGCUUCAUCCUCUUCUAGUCGAUCAAAGUAUUUGAAUCAACACGUUGGUGGUGUUUCCUCGAGUUCGGAAUCAUCGUCGAGGCCUUUGAGCGAGGCUGCUUUGAGUUGCUUGGAUACAAAUUCGAUGACAUCUAAUGCAUCCAAUGAGAAUAAACAGAGUAACGAUGAGGUAGCUAUAAGAACGUAUGCCGGACUGAGUGCAACGACCCAAGAAAGAAUACGAAGGUUUGAACAGGAGACAAAGGCUAUGUUGCAGAGAGAUCAGCAUCGGCAGAGACGCGAAGCAGAGAAGCGUGAAGAGGAAAGAAGAAGAAUAGAUAAGGAAUGGCAAUUGGCAAAACGUGAAAUGGAAAAUGAUGAUCUCUUAGAUAGUAUAGUUGACAGUACAGUGAUACCGAAUUUUCUAUCCGGACGACUAACUAAUGUGAAUCAAAGGUUGGCUGAAAAAUCAUUAGCUGAUUUAUCGGAGAAACAUGCCAGAUCAAGAUCUACCACAAGAAUGGCUUCUACUCCUUUGUCGAUAGCUGUACAACAACAACCAACGACACGUCAGAAAGCACAAGCUACUAAUCAACUUAGUAAUGUAUUAGGCGAGAAGAUAAAUAAUGGUGUUAUCAAAAAGUUUAAAACAGAUCAAGAGCCGUCUUUAGAAUCUAUUUGCCUACCGCCUAUUCGUUACGGCAGCUUGGAUUCGCUUCACGAAGUGCACAACCUUCCACAUUCGUCGCCAUCACCGUCCCAACAAAGGAGAGGAAUUUCUGGAGAUGUAUCGGAUGAUGGAUGUAUCCAAAAUCUGUACAGAUCUAAUAUGUACACCCCCGGAUCAUGUUUUCUACACUGGACUCAGAAGAUUCUCACUAUUAACAAAAAACUUUCUAGGCAUACAACAAGCCCGGGUUUUUGGUGCUACAUAUCGUCCCACCUACACGGUACCACAGGGUCCAGUGGCACCACCACGAAGACAUCGCUCUCAUCAUCGGCUGAUCCAGCAUCAACCGGUGUUAACAGUACCAGAUCACUCUACAGAACAUCAAUCUCAACAGCAUCAACAGCAGCAGCAACAGCAGCAGCAACAGUGCCAACAACAAACUCAAGAACAACGAGCCAAGCAGCAGCAGCAGCAGCAACAACAGCAACAACAGCAGCAGCGUCAGCAGCAACCCAGUCCUUCAUACCAGGGCACCUUUCAGAGGUGUCAAGAUCAGCAGGGUCAUCAGGGUCAGGGCCCAGUGCGUCCUCCAAGACUUUAAACAGAUUUCUCCGAGGUAGCGAUUUAUUGACCAGCCUUACGACAACCUUCGAUCGUAAAUGGAGGUCACUCGUGAAUCCAUCAAGUCAAAUAGUUCAAACGUCCAUAGAAACUGCAGCACUCGAUAAUGUAGAUAAUUCAGAUGAUCAAAAAAAGAUCAAGGUUGAGGAGGACCAUUCGGAAAAGAAUCAACCAACAGAAAAAGUUUACCGGGAUCCUAGUCUUCAUAAAUCAUCGAUCGACAAAAAUCAUUUUCUUCGAGCUAAAGACGAGGCAUUAGAAAAAGAUACAGAUUCAACAGUUACCGAAGUAAACGAUCCAGAUGCAAUGACAAAACCGGACAACGAUCGAAAUGCAAUCAAAUUGGAAACGAAAAAUGUUGUUCUUAAUCAUGUAAAAGAAACAAACAACGCUACUAUUAUAACAGAUUCAACCAAGAAAGAUGAAGAUAAAAAGAAAGAAGAAUCGGAUAAUUCAACUACGAAGGAAAAUGUUGGAUGUGGAUCGUCAAAUAUUCGCAAAUCAACAAACGAAUCGGAAAAUAAAACGGAUGAUAAAAAAGCACACGAACUCGACAGUAAUUAUUCAAACAAAUUAGAAAAAUUCGAGAUAUUGACGAACAACGAGGAAAGAUCAAGAUUAAAAAGAUCCGAAUCGUUGAACAAGAGAUCGGAAAAUACAUUUUCCAAAUUAAAAAGAUCCGAAAGUUUGAACAAACAUUCAGAAAGAUUGGCAUCACCGACUAAUAGUAAAUUAAAACGUUCGGAAAGUUUGAACAAACAUUCGGACAGAUCGGAAUCACCUAAUAGUAAAUUGAAACGAUCUGAAUCAUUGACCAAGACGGAAAAAACUGAAUGUAAUAUUAGUAAAAGACGACAAUCCUUUCGAAAGGACAGUGCUACAAAAUUGAAGAGAAAAAAUGGGAUGCCUGAAAGAUCAAUAAAAAGAAGACACACCGUUGGUGGUACGAAAGAUUUUGACAAAGUUCAUUGGCUUGAUAAUAAAUUACAAUCGGAAGCUGAGAGGGUUAUUAAAAAUGAUUACAAGCCAAAGAAAAGUCAAUUAAGAACUAGCUCACCGGAUUUAAGUACCAAUCGUGUUAAUAAUGUACCAGCUGCUGAUGCUAGUUUUUUAAUCGAAGUUAGCUUUCGUGGCCCGAGUAACGUUGUUUUUAAUGUUACCAAUGCGAGACCACAAUCCUUGCCAGACGCCAAUUUAGCAUCGAAAGUUUUCAAAGUACCUCUUGAAAGUCACGUUUAAGAAAUUCACAUGAUAAUGAUGAUGAUGAUGAUGAUGUUCCAUUAAAAGUCGCUUCAACCGAUAAAACAUAAAACAAAUAUUAUUGCAUUCUUUUUAAUAGAAUUAGAAUAUUUUGUUUAUCUUUUUAAAAAUAUGAACGACCAGUUACAGUAUUGUUUAACAAAGUGUAUAUAUAAUAUCACUGCUCCAAAAAACCUGCCCAGAAAAAAAAAAAAUAAAAAGAAAAUGAUUUCUAAUGUUUCAAUUCGAUAAAGCGACAAUUGGGGGACACCCUGUAUUUCAAAUGAAAUUAUAAUUAUAUAUGCCUGCCACAUUUCGCUUUCGAUUGAUAACGAUAAUGCCCCGCCCCCAUGUGUAACAAUGAAUUGCUAAACGAGCCAUAUCAAAUUCGAUAUCAGACAUUGUGUAUCUUCGCAUUAAAAACACACUCAGAAUAGUUAUCUAUUUCUUCAAAAUAUCUAUCUAUACAUAUAUAUAUAAUAUAUAUUUAAAAAAAA